CGUAGUGGGUUUGCUGAACGGCUGGGCGGCGCCAUGGCGGAAAGAAAAGGAACAGCUAAAGUGGACUUUUUGAAGAAAAUUGAGGAAGAAAUCCAAAAGAAAUGGGAUACAGAGAAAGUGUUUGAGGUCAAUGCAUCAAAAUUAGAGAAACAAGCUAGCAAGGACAAGUACUUUGUAACCUUCCCAUAUCCAUAUAUGAAUGGGCGGCUUCAUUUGGGACACACAUUUUCCUUAUCCAAAUGUGAGUUUGCAGUGGGGUACCAGAGAUUGAAAGGAAAAAGUUGUCUAUUUCCCUUUGGUUUGCACUGUACUGGCAUGCCUAUUAAGGCCUGUGCUGACAAAUUGAAAAGAGAAAUAGAACUCUAUGGUUGCCCCCCUGACUUUCCAGAGGAAGAGGAGGAAGAGGAAGACAUCAGUGUGAAAACAGAAGAUACAAUAAUUAAGGAUAAAGCUAAAGGGAAAAAGAGUAAGGCUGUGGCUAAAGCUGGAUCGUCCAAAUACCAGUGGUGCAUUAUGAAAUCCUUGGGCCUGUCUGAUGAAGAGAUAAUAAAAUUUUCUGAAGCAGAACAUUGGCUUGAUUAUUUUCCACCACUGGCUAUUCAGGAUUUGAAGAGAAUGGGUUUGAAGGUUGAUUGGCGUCGCUCCUUCAUCACCACUGAUGUUAAUCCUUACUAUGAUUCAUUUGUCAGGUGGCAGUUUUUAACAUUAAGAGAAAGAAACAAAAUUAAAUUUGGGAAGAGGUAUACCAUUUAUUCUCCAAAAGAUGGACAGCCUUGUAUGGAUCAUGACAGACAAACAGGAGAGGGUGUUGGACCGCAGGAAUAUUCUUUAAUCAAACUGAAGGUGCUGGAGCCAUAUCCACCUAAAUUGAGUGGUAUAAAAGGGAAAAAUAUCUUCCUGGUAGCUGCGACUCUCCGACCUGAGACCAUGUUUGGCCAGACAAACUGUUGGGUUCACCCUGAUAUAAAAUAUAUUGGAUUUGAAACUAUGAGUGGUGAGAUAUUCAUCUGCACCCAGAGAGCUGCCAGGAACAUGGCGUACCAGGGCUUUACCAGAGUCAAUGGAGCGGUGCCUGUGGUUAAAGAAUUAAUGGGAGAGGACAUAAUUGGUGCAUCACUUUCUGCACCUUUGACAUCUUACAAGGUCAUCUACGUUCUUCCAAUGCUCACCAUUAAAGAGGAUAAAGGCACUGGUGUGGUCACAAGUGUUCCUUCAGACUCUCCUGAUGAUUUUGCUGCUCUCAGAGACCUGAAGAAAAAGCAGGCCCUACGAGCAAAAUACGGAAUUAGAGAUGACAUGGUCUUGCCAUUUGAACCGGUGCCAAUCAUUGAAAUCCCAGGUUUGGGAAACCUUUCUGCUGUGACCAUUUGUGAUGAGUUGAAAGUUCAGAGCCAGAAUGAUCGAGAAAAACUUGCUGAAGCGAAGGAGAAAUUAUAUCUGAAAGGAUUUUAUGAUGGUGUAAUGUUGGUGGAUGGAUUUAAAGGACAGAAAGUUCAAGAUGUGAAGAAGACUAUUCAGAAAAGGAUGAUCGACACUAAAGAUGCAUUUAUUUACAUGGAACCAGAGAAACAAGUUAUGUCCAGGUCUUCAGAUGAAUGCGUUGUGGCUUUAUGUGACCAAUGGUACUUGGAUUAUGGAGAAGAGAACUGGAAAAAACAGACAUCUCAGUGCCUGAAGAAUUUGGAAACAUUCUGUGAUGAGACCCGGAGAAAUUUUGAAGCUACCUUAGAUUGGCUUCAAGAGCAUGCUUGCUCCAGAACAUAUGGCUUAGGUACUCGUCUGCCUUGGGAUGAGCAGUGGCUGAUUGAGUCUCUCUCUGAUUCCACAAUCUAUAUGGCCUUUUACACAGUCGCACACUUGUUGCAGGGGGGUCACUUGCGAGGACAGGCUGACUCACCUUUGGGCAUCAGACCACAACAAAUGACCAAGGAAGUUUGGGAUUAUAUAUUUUUUAAGAAGGCGCCAUAUCCUAAGACACAGAUCUCAAAGGAAAAAUUAGAUCAGUUACGGCAGGAGUUUGAAUUCUGGUAUCCUGUGGAUCUUCGAGUUUCUGGCAAGGAUCUUGUGCCAAAUCAUCUUUCAUAUUAUCUUUAUAAUCAUGUGGCUAUGUGGCCAGAACAAAGUGACAAGUGGCCAUCAGCGGUAAGAGCAAAUGGGCAUCUCCUCCUCAAUUCCGAGAAGAUGUCAAAAUCUACAGGGAACUUUCUCACUUUGACCCAAGCUAUUGACAAGUUUUCAGCUGAUGGAAUGCGCCUGGCUCUGGCGGAUGCUGGUGACACUGUGGAAGAUGCUAAUUUUGUGGAAACCAUGGCAGAUGCGGGCAUUCUCCGACUGUAUACAUGGGUAGAGUGGGUCAAAGAGAUGGUCGCCAACUGGGACAGCCUGAGAAGUGGCCCUGCCAAUACCUUCAAUGAUAGAGUUUUUGCUAGUGAAAUGAAUGCAGGAAUUAUCAAAACUGAUCAAAACUAUGAAAAGAUGAUGUUUAAAGAAGCUUUGAAAACAGGGUUUUUUGAAUUUCAGGCUUCCAAAGAUAAGUACCGGGAACUGGCCAUUGAAGGGAUGCACAGAGACCUUGUGUUCCGGUUUAUUGAAGUUCAGACUCUUCUCUUGGCUCCAUUCUGUCCGCAUUUGUGUGAGCACAUCUGGACACUCCUGGGAAAGCCUGACUCAGUUAUGAAUGCUUCAUGGCCUGUGGCGGGUCCCGUGGAUGAAGUCUUGAUCCGCUCCUCACAGUAUCUCAUGGAAGUGGCUCAUGACCUUAGGCUGAGACUCAAGAACUAUAUGAUGCCAGCUAAAGGGAAGAAGACGGACAAACAGCUUCCCCAGAAACCUUCUCAUUGCACCAUCUAUGUGGCAAAGAAUUACCCAUCUUGGCAACAUGUGACUCUGUCAACUCUCCGAAACCACUUUGAGACCAAUAAUGGAAAAUUGCCUGAUAACAAAGUCAUUGCUAGUGAACUAAGCAAUUUGCCAGAAUUGAAGAAAUACAUGAAGAAAGUGAUGCCAUUUGUUGCCAUGAUAAAGGAAAAUCUGGAGAAGAUGGGGCCUCGGGUUCUGGAUUUACAGUUAGAAUUUGAUGAACAAGCAGUUCUUAUGGAGAACAUUGUCUACCUGACCAAUUCCCUUGAGCUAGAACACAUAGAGGUCAAGUUUGCCUCCGAAGCAGAUGAUAAAGUCAGGGAAGAUUGCUGCCCUGGAAAACCACUUAAUGUCUUUAGAACGGAACCUGCUGUGUCAGUGUCCCUAGUGAAUCCCCAGCCAUCCAACGGUCACUUCUCAACCAAAAUUGACAUCAGGCAAGGAGAUAACUGUGACUCAAUCAUCAGGCGCUUAAUGAAAAUGGACCGAGGAAUCAAAGACCUUUCCAAAGUAAAGCUGAUGCGAUUUGACGAUCCUCUGUUGGGGCCCCGGCGAGUCCCGGUCCUGGGAAAUGAGCUCAGUGGGAAGACGCUCAUCACUGAGCACGCAGUAUUCCAUGUAGACCUCCUGGGCAAGAAAAUCCAUCUCACUGAAAAUGGCCUGCGGGCAGAUGUCGGGGAUACGAUCAUCUACCUGCUUCAUUAAACUGACGCACAGUGGAGGUUUUGCCUGGUUUCCGAUCAUACAGCUACUCUGAUUGUGCCUACAGUUUGGAUAGAAGGGCCUUAGUACGUGGACUUAAAUGGGUUCCCUUUCGAAGGACUGGUUUCUGCAUGUAAUCAGAAUAAUACAAAGUCACUUAUGAUUCCAGACCUAAUAAAUAUUUUUCCUUCUUGGAAUCUCUAAGAGAAGUAUACCAUG